CCUUAUUGCCUGGGUCCGGUUCCCCUGUUUUUUCUUUCUCCCGAGAAUCGACCUUUUUGUCUUCUUCUGGUUUUGAACCCUUAGCUGUAUCUGUUGAUGUUGUCGUAUUGGGUUGAGGCGAAGAUUUGUUGUCGUUUGUCUUCUGGUUUAUUACCAUGUAUCGUUUUAAGCACUGUACCGGCGUUUUGUUAGGGACGUGUUUUGCUAUUUCGUCCCAGUCUUCCUCGUCAUCGGCGUCUUCAGUGUCCCCUCCAUCCGCCUCGCGGUCUUUUUGGUCUUUGGCCACGGCCUUCAACAGUGCAUCAUCUUCUGCUGCCGACCACGAGACCCUCGAUUUUCUUUCCUCGUUUCUCCUCUUCAUCUUCAAAUUGAAUUUCAGAACCAACGCUCCAGUCCCCCCACACUCUUUUGUUCUUCCCCUAACAAAAGUUUUUAGGAUGAUGCGAGCAAUCCACUUUUAGUAGAUUGAUCUAGUGCUCCCGAUAGAUAUGUCCAACUUGAUUUUCACCCGCUCUCGUUAGAGCGAGUGUUUUGUGAAAAGAUGAGCGAGGGCCUCCUAGAUGGAAGCAGUUUGAGGACAAGAAAUGAAUGAAGGGUAUUCAAUUCAUGUUUCACAACGCAAAUAAGAUGUCUUAGUCAUGAUGCCACUUAGGGAAAUGGGCGACCGGGCGGUUAAUUUUAGUAAUUCCUUUUUCUAAUUACCUUGAUAAACGCAUGUCUUACUUCUUCAAUCAAUUUAUAUGUUCAGCCAUGAAUAUAUUUUCCAGAAUUAUGGCGAAUAGAAAUAGAGCCAGACGAUACACAAAUUCUCAUUCUUUCUCCAUAAUUUUGUGUCCCGCAAUAGACUUCACAAUAAUAACAAAUUAGCAAGUUUUUUUUGCGCGCGCUCAAAAAGUUUUUUUACUUAUAUAGUUUAACGCCAAGCGAGCAUUGCAGUUAAAAGGAGGAUCCCUUCAAAUCGCCACAUCGUCCUUUUCAAGAAACAACGGAAAUUUCGAUAGUACGUACGCCAGUUUCCUGCUCCUCACCUGUUCGUUUGAUAGUUCCGUAAGCUGGCCUAUGGAUGUUCUCGCCAAAGAUAUAUCUGGUUAUGUGCCCACACAAGAAAAGGUUCAAAAUAGUUAUUUGCCAAAAAUAGUAAGUAUCAACCGGAGGUUGAAAAGGUGUUCGAUUGUAUGUCAACCCCUACCGGCCGGUAGGAGAGUAAUGAGACGGAAAAGCGGAUUGAGUAGGACAGCGAACGAAACUGACCGACAAGCGAUUCGAAACACAUGCAUUGAUAGACGGCCAAAGGAAAAACAUCUGGACGACGAUCGUCAAAUAUAACGGCAAAACCGUUGCUUGCACGAAAGUUCCUUCGCUGCUACUGGACUAUAGUUUAGUUUGGAAAGAAGUGUGAUGCAUGCUCCUGCGUCACGUCCCGAAGGUUUUCUAUUGAGAUGUGUUGUGUUGUAUUGCGAUGCACGAACAGUAUUAUACUAGUAGUGUAUUAGUGUGUGUUGUACCGCGAGUGUUGUUCCACACCGCCGCGCCUCGUCGUGUUCAGUUGCCCCGGUCCGGCGUGCGGUGUUUGUGCACGUGGUGCGGUGCGGUCCUAUCCUACCCCCUGUCGGGCAGUUCCGUUGGGAUGUCCGACAGCUUGUAUAUGAUCCGGAUCACCCCCAGUCCCCCCUUUUCCAGGCUGGCAACCUCGAAGCCCUCGACGCCGAGCCACUGGAGUGGUCGCUGUAGGUUCAUGUCGACGAACCGCCUCAGCUCGUCGUAGUCGAAGCCCGGCGCCACGAUCAGCGACCCGCUGUCCUCCUCGCCGGCCUCCCGGAGUUCCGUGAGUUCCGACCAGCAGAUCGAGAAGAGGCGGUCGAAGGUCUCGACCGACCCCUUCUCGAUGCCCUGUACGACGUGGUACCGCGAGCAGACCAGCAUCCGCCUGCCUUCUUCUAGGAAGUGGAGGUCGUUCUCGUCGUCCUUGGUGGACUCGUCUACGGGGAUGUCCUCGAUGAGAGACGUCUGCAUGGCGUCCAGGAAUCGUCCCAGGACGGCAAUGUCGGCCUCGUCGGUGGGAACCGCGGGGAGCUUCCUCCAGGGCGAGCUCGUCUCGGUGAACUCGAGGCCCUCGCCGGCCGCACCCCCCAGGAAGGCCAUCGCCGGGACCGAGUCGUCGGGGGCGACGGACCGAAAGAGGGGCUGCCACGGCUCGUUCGACUCGAAGAAUUCCCGCAUGCCCGACUCCUCGUCGAUGAGGUCCUUGAUCGGUUCCAGCUCCUUCUUGCCGUAGGACUUGGAGGGGGCCUUGUAGUUGGGGGAGUCCUUUCCGAAGCCCCCGCCGAGGAGCCGCGUGGAAGGGCGGGAGGAGGACGCGGGAGCGGGAGGCCGGAAGGAAAAGCAGAGGCCGGGGCCACGGCGGUCCGGCCAGAACGCCAGCAGCAGGAGGAACCACCGGUGGGUUCGGCUCGGUGGGAACAUUCUGUUCCGUCUCGUCUCUGUCGUGCUCCGAAACCACGGGAAGGCGCAGUUGUUUGGCUGGUUGGUUGGGUCGGUCGGUCGGUCGGUCGGUCGUAUCGUCCGAGUUGUAUCGGUGGGGACCUCCGGGUCGAAGGGGAACGGCAACGUUACUACAAACGGUACGAGUACCUCUGUGGUACUUACUACGUGCCCACUGGUUAUCGUAACAACACGGUAGCAGAAGAAGUACAAUAGAAGUACAGUACUGUACAACGCAACAGGAUUGCUUCGUGGUUGGCAUGACGAUCGGAUUAGGAUCUACCAGUACCGUACGGUACCGGCACAGCGCGUACGAUAUCGUAUUGUACAUAGUAAGUGUUACAGUACUGUACCAUAAUAGCGUGCAUACCGAAUCAUAUCAUACGGUAGCAUGUAGCAUGUGCGAGUUGCUGUUCGCACUACCGUAAAGUAGGGUACGUAUCUGUAAUGGUUACGUACUCGUACCCCUAAUCAUACCUUAAGU